AAGUUCAAACCACCAUUGUCCUUCAAUGACUUCCUCUGCAAAAGCUCUCCCAUUUUUCUUUCUUCUAGUGCUUUUCUCUUCUCUUCAAGUUGAAGCUAGACAGAGAUUGUUCUUCAGCAAAGUCACCCACAGUAAUGGGAAUGGGCCCCAGAUACCGGUCACAGAAGAUCCAGCAACACCAACACCAUCAUAUGCACCCACAUAUACACCAACAUAUUCACCAUUAUAUGGACCAACAUAUACACCAGCACCAGCACCAGAAUUAACAGUAGCAGAGUCACCAGAAGGAGGAGCACCACUUGUACCAGCACCGGCACCGUUUGAUUCUGAACCAGAGUUCGGCUAUGAGCUAUAUGGUUCUGCCGAUCAGGAGACACCAACCACCAUUGAUGUCCAAAAUGAAGUUGCAACUCAAGAAAAUGGUCAUUAUGAAAAUACCAACUUGUACAACGACAACAGUAAGUACGCGACCAAUUACAACAGCGAUGGAUACACCACCAACUACAUCAAUGGCAGAGAAGGCUUUACCAACAGCUAUUACAGUAAUGGCAAUGGAAACAGCGUUGAUGGGUUUGAACAGCAAGGGAUGAGUGACACAAGGUUUCUGGAAAAUGGAAGCUACUAUCAUCAGGACAAUGACGUGAAGAAUGAGAAUAAUGACAAGUUGAAUGGGUACCAGUCCGGGAGAGGAAGCACUACAAAUGAAGCGUAUUUUGGUAACAGUGAGAAGCCCAAUGAGUUCAACACCAUGGAGGAGUUUGAGAAGUACCAGGAGAACCAAGGAUAUGUGCCUUGAUUUGAUUUUGAUAUCCAUGUUCAACAUACACACACAGAGAGAUAUCUGAAUGCAUGUACUAAGAAGUCAGUACUCUAAGUUAAUUAAUUAAAUGAGAUUUUUGCUAAUGUUA